AUGAAGAUGCUGCUGGGUAAGUUAGUUCUAAUGAAGAUGCUGCUGGGUAAGUUAGUUCUAAUGAAGAUGCUGCUAGAGUAUAACAUCCUACAUAUCAUAGAGUAUAAUAUCCUACAUAUCAUAGAGUAUAACAUCCUACAUAUCAUAGAGUAUAACAUCCUACAUAUCAUAGAGUAUAACAUCCUACAUAUCAUAGAGUAUAACAUCCUACAUAUCAUAGAGUAUAAUAUCCUACAUAUCAUAGAGUAUAAUAUCCUACAUAUCAUAGAGUAUAACAUCCUACAUUUCAUAGAGUAUAACAUCCUACAUAUCAUAGAGUAUAACAUCCUACAUAUCAUAGAGUAUAACAUCCUACAUAUCAUAGAGUAUAACAUCCUACAUAUCAUAGAGUAUAACAUCCUACAUAUCAUAGAGUAUAACAUCCUACAUAUCAUAGAGUAUAACAUCCUACAUAUCAUAGAGUAUAACAUCCUACAUAUCAUAGAGUAUAACAUCCUACAUAUCAUAGAGUAUAACAUCCUACAUAUCAUAGAGUAUAACAUCCUACAUAUCAUAGAGUAUAACAUCCUACAUAUCAUAGAGUAUAACAUCCUACAUAUCAUAGAGUAUAAUAUCCUACAUAUCAUAGAGUAUAACAUCCUACAUAUCAUAGAGUAUAACAUCCUACAUAUCAUAGAGUAUAACAUCCUACAUAUCAUAGAGUAUAACAUCCUACAUAUCAUAGAGUAUAACAUCCUACAUAUCAUAGAGUAUAACAUCCUACAUAUCAUAGAGUAUAACAUCCUACAUAUCAUAGAGUAUAAUAUCCUACAUAUCAUAGAGUAUAACAUCCUACAUAUCAUAGAGUAUAAUAUCCUACAUAUCAUAGAGUAUAACAUCCUACAUAUCAUAGAGUAUAAUAUCCUACAUAUCAUAGAGUAUAACAUCCUACAUAUCAUAGAGUAUAACAUCCUACAUAUCAUAGAGUAUAACAUCCUACAUAUCAUAGAGUAUAAUAUCCUACAUAUCAUAGAGUAUAACAUCCUACAUAUCAUAGAGUAUAAUAUCCUACAUAUCAUAGAGUAUAACAUCCUACAUAUCAUAGAGUAUAAUAUCCUACAUAUCAUAGAGUAUAACAUCCUACAUAUCAUAGAGUAUAACAUCCUACAUAUCAUAGAGUAUAACAUCCUACAUAUCAUAGAGUAUAACAUCCUACAUAUCAUAGAGUAUAAUAUCCUACAUGUCAUAGAGUAUAACAUCCUACAUAUCAUAGAGUAUAAUAUCCUACAUAUCAUAGAGUAUAACAUCCUACAUAUCAUAGAGUAUAAUAUCCUACAUAUCAUAGAGUAUAAUAUCCUACAUAUCAUAGAGUAUAAUAUCCUACAUAUCAUAGAGUAUAACAUCCUACAUAUCAUAGAGUAUAACAUCCUACAUAUCAUAGAGUAUAACAUCCUACAUAUCAUAGAGUAUAAUAUCCUACAUAUCAUAGAGUAUAACAUCCUACAUAUCAUAGAGUAUAAUAUCCUACAUAUCAUAGAGUAUAACAUCCUACAAAUCAUAGAGUAUUAUAUCCUACAUAUCAUAGAGUAUAACAUCCUACAUAUCAUAGAGUAUAACAUCCUACAUAUCAUAGAGUAUAAUAUCCUACAUAUCAUAGAGUAUAAUAUCCUACAUAUCAUAGAGUAUAACAUCCUACAUAUCAUAGAACUCCGCCGACUGGGUCACGUUCACCGCAUGGACCACGGAAGAAUCCCCAAGGACAUUCUCUACGGGGAGCUGAAGUCGGGAAGGAGGAACAUCGGGCGCUACAAGGACGUGCUGAAAGGAGACAUGAAGGCUGUUGACAAGAGAACCCGCCGGAGGGACCUUCAGGAGUGCCACCACUCCUACAGACCAGACUCCCUCCAUUGCUGGGACCUCUGCGCCAAAGACUGCCAGUCCCACAUCGGUCUCUUCAGCCACAGACGACUCUGGUCCAGUCCAGCAGUCAGCCAAGACUCGGACACUAUCCAUGGUCAACACUGA